GUCCUCUACAGUAUAUCCUCUAAAAUUUCAUUUAAAAUGCGAUAGAUAAUGAGAUAAUUUAUGCUUAAUAAUUUAUGCUUUAGUAACACUUGUUUACCAAAAAUCAGUGUGUUAUAAUUCAUAUUUAUUUGUGAAACUACUAAACUUCAAUGAAUGCCUCAAACCUUCUCAAAUAUUGCAAUAAAUAUGGUACAGUUAUGUUAAAAUAAUGUACCAUAAGAUUUGAAAAAGGUUUGGUUCCUACGCAAUACUUUUAUAAAUAUCUUUGUUUUGGAUCAGUGGGUUGUUUUGGACACAAGCACAGUAUAAUUAACAGUCUUUGUCUGUUUGUGAGAAUGCAUGUGGUUAGGUGUUUUGUUCAUAUGGCUGUAAGCAUUAAGUAAGCGGUAUGCUAUUAUUAUUCAGAUUCAAAAGACACUCCUCCCUUGAGCUCACAUAAAUACUAAAUUAAAUAUUUAAUGAAUUAAUUGCAAUGACUUCACUCUAUAAAUGCCUACAAUAUAAUUAAUCAGUUUCACUCACAGAAUUAAGAUGUGUCAGUGUUCAAGUAUGUUUGCUAUGAAUGGAUUGAAUAGGAUUAAGCCCGGUCUAAACUCAAACUAUACCCAAACUAAAAUGAGUAUAAAUCAGCACUUAACCAGGAUUACUCCAUAACCUGAACCUUUUUUGCCUAUUUUUUACAGUUUUAAAUGGCCUAUAUUAUGCUAUUUUCUGAUCUAUGUUACACUGUUACCCUCAUCAAAAGCAUACAUGGAGUUGUGUUUUGUUUCAUUUAUAUUUAUUAGCAUACAAACCCUGUAUAUUUAGUUCUUCUCUCAAACAGGAAAUACUAGUCCACCUUGUGAUGUCAUGUCAUACAGGAAACACCCCACUGCUUUUUUAAACUCCAUACACCUUCACUAGAAUAAUAAUUUCAGACCUGGAAUAGCCAAUCUCUAUUAAACAAAAGUUGUUAACUUGAAAACUACCACUACAUGACAUCACAGGGUAGAACAGAGCAUUUUGAGCUUUAGAGAUGUAGACUAAUAAUAAAGGAUUUCUCAGACAUGUGUGAAAGAAGCAAAACACAACUCCAGGCAUGUUUUUGAGGAGGUAACAGCAUUAUAACAUGACUUAAAGCUCACAAGAGUCAAUUGUGUGUAAUAUAGGAUCUUUAACCUAUUAUAUUUAACAUUUAUUAUUAAGUUACAGAUGUAUUUAUCACCCAAACAGAAAACAAACAUAUGUAUACAUCAGCCGUACUGUGAACAGGCUUGCCUCUCCAUAGAUCUGACCAAUAACUUGGCCUGGUGGCAUUACCUGCUUGUCUCCAUGGAGGUAUAUAAGUUUAAUGCCAUACUGUGUGAACCAUUCCAGACAAAACAUUUCGAUGGAGACAAGCAUGUGGCAGACCCCCCAUCUGAAAAAUUACCCAGGGCACCUUAAAAACAUCAUCAACUUCAAUUUGUUUUAAAAUCCACUGUACAUCCCUUUAUAGAAUGAUAUAUUACUUCCUAUGGUGUAUUCUUACACGCAUGUCUGAGCAUAGAGCACUAUUGUGUUGUAAGUGAAUGAAUUAUGAUUUGGUUUGUUUCAGACAACACUUGGCAUUCCUUUUAAGGCUUUAGUGGUUUUGUGUCUGGCUCCAUCAGUAUAAAAUCUCCCUCCAGUCAACAUGUGUGACAACAACCAAGCUAAUAUGGGGAAUGUUUAGUCAACAAUGUCUUUUAUAAUUUAAAUUAUGUUAAGACCUUAAAUUGAAAACAUAUUUAAAACAAUAUUGCUUUACUGUUUUUACUUUUUAAUUUAGUAUUUUUGCAUGAUGAGUAUGGGAUACACAAGAAUGGAGCUACUGGGUCUCAUAAUUUUAUUGCAAGUGGUUUUAUCCUUUUCCUUGAGAAGAGAAGAAGCAAUUGUAUACUUGCAAAAAUAUGGCUACCUGCAUAUUCCACUGAGCUCAAAUCCUCUACAGACUAACUACAGACAUGGAGAGUUGUCAAAUGCAAUAAGCACAUUUCAGAAGACCACAAACCUCCCAGUAUCAGGAAGAUUUGACGCAGCCACAUUGAGAAUGAUGGACCAACCUCGCUGUGGUUUGGAGGACUCCGUCAGUGAUAAGACUCUCAGAUAUCGCAUCAUGGGUCGAUGGAAGAAGAAGUUUCUGACAUAUCGCAUCUAUAACUUUGCCUCAGACCUGGGCCAGGGGAAGACACGCUCGGCCAUUCAAUCCGCCUUCAAAUACUGGAGCGAAGUGUCCCCUUUAAAGUUCAGUGAGCUGCAGUCAGGGAGAGCAGAUAUCAAGAUCUCUUUUCACAGGAAAGACAAGUCCUGCCCGGUCCCCUUCGAUGGCAGAGGUCAUGUUCUGGCCCACGCUGACGCCCCUGAGUCUGGGCUCAUUCACUUUGACGCAGACGAGCUGUGGACAGAGGGGCGGAGCUCCGGAUCAAACCUGAGGAUCGUUGCAGCGCAUGAGAUCGGCCACGCCCUCGGCCUGGGACACUCACAGUACUACAGUGCCCUCAUGGCGCCAGUGUACACCGGCUACCGCUCCAACUUUAAGCUCCAUCCAGAUGAUAUCCGGGGAAUACAAGCUUUAUAUGGAAAGCCUCAGUCUUCAAACCCCGCUCCUGUCCCUCCACCAGAUGGAAGUGCUCCUGACCUCUGCAAAAUCAAACUGGAUGCCAUUAUGUUAGGUCCAAAGGAGCAGAUGUACCUCUUCAGUGGUCAGCUUGUGUGGACCAGGUCUGGCUCUGGCUCUGUUUCUGGUCCAGUCCAGGUCUCUGCUCUGUGGAAGGGGCUGCCCGGGGGUCUCAAUGCUGCUGUGUACUCCCCGCGGAGUAGCAAGUCCUACUUCAUCAAAGGAGACAAGGUGUGGAGAUACUCUGGUUUCAAAAUUGACCUUGGUUUUCCCAGACGCCUGAGCAACAUCCCAGCUAAUGUUGACUCUGCUUUUUAUUCAAACAAAAAGAAGCUGGUCUUUUUAAAGGGUUCUGGGUAUUGGCAAUGGGAUGAGUUUAAACCAGAAAACUUCAAAAUCUACCCUCUGCCCAUCAGCUGGUUGUUUAAAGGGGCUCCCAGUAACACAGACGCUGCAGUGACAUGGACAGAUGGCACUAUUUACCUGUUCAAAGGAUCACAGUUCUGGAGAGUUGAUCCAAACAAGCAGAAAGUCAAAGGCUCUCCAGAAAGUAUUGCUUCACGCUGGCUGCAAUGUGACGACUGAGCCACCAGGGGGAGAUAGGAGUUUGUCAUAGGAAACCACCAUGCAUCCACAGGACUGGAGAGGAGUGAGUGACACUUGGGAAAAGUUGAGUAAGGUAUCCAUAACGUUCAGAGUGAUGAAUAAUUUGCACUGUUGCCAUAGAAAUAAACAAUACAAAUCACAAUUUCUUUUUUAUAAUUGAAUUGUGAAAAGUCUUCAAAAUGUCUCCUAAAAGCAUCAUUCGUUCAUUAGUUUUUCAAUAUAAAACCAAAAAUAAAAAAAUGAAAAAAACAAUUGUUUUCCUCAUUAUUUGUCUCCAAAACCAAGAUGAAAAAAUGGAUAACAAUUUGUUUUUUCUUUUUCAAUUUUGUGUCUUGGUUUUGUCAUUUAAACUGCGAUGCCGAACUGAACCAGGACUAAAACAGGACUGAACAGAUCUAAACCAGCUCUAAACCAGAACUGAACCAGGACUAAACCAGGUCUCAGUCCUGGUCUGGUCCCGGUUUCCUGAUCACCCGACAGUCUACGCGGGCGUGCGUCUGGGCCAGUCCCAACACUCAUGAUUCAGUCCUGGUUUAGUCCUGGUUCAGUUCUGGUUUAGUCCUGGUUUAGGACUGAGACCCGGACAGGACCAGGACCAGGAGUCAGACUGGGACUGAGACCAGGACUGAGACUAGGACUGAGACUGGUUUAGAGCUGGUUUAGAGCUGGUUUAGUCCUGGUUCAGUCCAGCAUCGCAGUUUAAUUCACAGAAACAGGAAACGUCCGUUAUCCAUUUUUUCAUUUGGUUUUAGACACAAAUAAUGAAGAAAACAGUUGUUUUUUUGUUUUCUUAUUUUUGGUUUUAUAUUGAAAAACUUAUGAGCGAAUGACACACGGAUUCAUGUCAUUGAAGCCCAUGAUUAUAAAAUAAAGCAAGGAUAAACAUUAUUCACUGUAAAAAUAUUAUAAAAUUCUGUUCAACUCAAAUCCUUUUUAAAAUUAUUAUUGUUUUUUGUUUUCUUUUGUUUUUCUUUUUUUUUUUUUUUUUUUUUUUUUGCAAAUCAGGUUCAAAUUAUUAACAGCUAAUGCUUUGAUAAGUUGUUUUUCAAAUUGCAGUUUUAGUUAUUUCCAGUGUUUGACUGUGAGCAUAGUGUUUUCAGGACAAUUUUAUUCAAGUGAAUGAUCAUCUGUUAAAAAAUGUAGUUAUUUCAGGAUUCCUGCAAAAAUAAUAGCCCAUUUACUUUAGAACUCUCAGUAAAGGAUGUCCAAGGCAGGCAAUAACCCAAAAUAAGUUAAGAAAUAAAACACAAAUGUUUAUUUAUCUAACACAUAUUUACAAAGCCGUUUUGCAAUAAUAUGCACAGUAAAAUAUAUUAAGAAUGACAUUAUUACAUUGUAUUUGUCUGUUAAGGUGUAGACACACUUCAUAAAUGCAUAAUUCUGCAUUAACUUUGCAAAGAACUGAGAGGACAAAAAGCCUGAGAUGUGUCAGCCAUCUAUGAAUUGUAGAGAUGUUUGUUUAGGGUUUUGAGGCUGACCUUUGUUUGAUUGACACUUCCGUGACUUUGCUUUUACGUUUAUUAAAUAUUCAAGAGACACAAGCACUCUGGUGAUUUGAGGUAACUCCCAGAGAUACUCCAAAUAUGCCUGAGUACACAGUGUCAGGCAGAAACGGAAGCGCCAACACUGAAAAUAAAGUAAGCUUUGAGUACACGCUGUGGUGGUUUGUGCUUUUUGUUUAUGAUUGAUUUAAUUAUCAUCCUAAUUCAGUCUUUGCCAA